AUGGGUACUGGACAUCAAUUGAAGGAGAAUGGAAAUCCUGGUCGCAUAUCGAAAGAAAACCGGGAUAAAAUAAAAAAUAGCCGCACGGAAGGACGCAGAUACACAUCUGAAGUAAAGAACCAUUUGGAAGGUGUCACUAAAAGUAAACCUUCGAAUGGAAAAAAGACGAAUACCGUACCACAAGUGAAUCACAAAUGCCGUACCACAAAUGGUAAUUCUCAUCCCUUAGAUCUGUUUCCCAGCGGAGAAAGGCUGAAGGAAUUGGACAUGGCAUACGAGGGAGCAAUGGAUCUUUUAAGGAUCCUUGAUGAAGAUGGUGUCAACAGAACGUUCCAGAGUUGUCGAUCUGUAGACGAGUUCCAAUAUCUCUACAGAAUUGAUGAAGGAUCAUUUGGAACUAUCCAUGGAGCCAAGGACAGACGGACGGGGGAAAUGGUGGCCCUCAAACAGCUUAAAAAAAUCAAUGAAAUGGAAGGAUUCUCCAUCGCCGCUCGGAGAGAGCUUGGGAUACUGCUGAAGAUGCGGCAUCCCAACAUCGUUGCAGGCCGAGGAAUAGCGUCGAGUUCCGGAAACGAGCAUGUGUUUAUAGUCAUGGAGCUCGUUGAUUACGACUUAAAAACUUUUAUGCAGACAAUGAAAGAAAACAAGCAAAUGUUUUCAGUCGAACACGUGAAAUGCCUAAUGACGCAACUGCUAAGCGCUGUCCAACAUCUACACAACCAUCACGUGAUACAUCGCGAUCUCAAAACCCACAAUAUAUUAUUGUCAAACGAAGGUGUAUUAAAAGUGGCAGAUUCUGGGAUGGCCCGAGAAUAUGAAUUCUCUCCUCGGCAAUAUACGCCGGACGUAGUUACGCGAUGGUACCGUGCGCCUGAACUACUGCUGCUUUCGAAAGAAUACUCCGCUCCUGUCGACAUGUGGAGUGUUGGAUGUAUAUUCGCUGAACUAAUAACCUUGCGGCCACUAUUUCCCGGCAGAUGUGAGUUGGAUCAGAUAAUCAAAAUAUUUGUGGAUCUGGGAACGCCUUCAGACACGAUUUGGCCCGGUUACAGCGCAUUACCAAUGGUGAGAGACAUCGUGUUCAACGACUAUCCACCGGGCGGGUUGCGUAAAAAGAUAAGUCGCAAUCUGUUGUCUGAAGACGGGCUAUCUUUACUGCAAGAUCUUUUAAUCUAUGAUCCUGCUAGAAGAACAACAGCAGCCGCUGCUUUAGAGCACCCAUACUUCAAAGAGCAGCCGGUGGCGAUGGAGCCGGCCAUGUUCCUGAAGUCGCCUGCUCGCUGA